AUGACAGAUUCCUCACGGAUGCUGAUCAGAAAAUUCCUGACUGACCAGUUAAAACUACAUUUCUGCAGAAGGUUGAAAUGGCAGUUAGAUUAGGUAUUGAGUCCUGGUUUGGUGACCUGGCCUAUGUGAUGCCAUUUUGGGCCUGUGGUUUUCUUUUUAACAAUUCCUUUCUUUGCAUCAGACUCCCAGCUUAAUUGAGAGAUGUGAUCAAAAUUUAAGACAUUAGCUCCACUCUCAGCUACUGUUGAGAAGUUCUCAUAGUUUUUGUUGUUCUUUGCGAUCCAGAGGUCAUGAUAUUUUUGCUUAACUUCUGGGAUCUUCAUAGGUCAUGGCUUUGGGUUCACAUUCUUUAAGUUGGUAAUUUUUCUUGUUCCUUUUUUGACGUUCCGUUCUUAGGGAGAUCAUUUGCUUGGUGGUUCGUGGCUACAAACAUGCAUUUAAAUGUUUGGAGAGAAUACAAUGUACCAGGGAGAUUAUGAAGAAUACUAAAAGCAAGAUAAUUCCCAGUGUUUGGAGUGCACUUCAGAGCCAUGGUCUCCAAGACCCAAACCAAUCAAAGAAAGACCCUGUUGAAGGAAUUACCCUUUCAGCCUAACUGGCUUGCUCCAUGAUUUUAUAUAAAUUAGUUUCACCUUCCCCAGAUGUGUUGCUCCAGGUAUAGCAGGUGGUAUUAACUACAGUACAGACACCUCCUUGCUCAGCUAAAAGAUACUCAAGGGCUCUCCUAUUAUCAAGAACAAUUUUUGCCAGAGAGUCUAAGGAUCUUUGUUGGGUUAUUAUUGCUUUAGCAGUGGAUUCUGCAACAAUUUCAGGAAUUAAGGAGAAAUUCCUCAUCGGGCCUUAUUUACAUUUAUUCCAAAACAAAGAAAUAGAGACCUAUCAAAAGGAGUGAAUCUUGAAUCAUGAAAGCCUCCUGGUAGGUACUUUCUAAUUCAAUAAUGUAAAUUUAGGGGAGUCGGCCAAUGAGAUGUCUUGUUUUGCUUGUGAAAAGUUAGGGCCACAGUUAGGUUUUCUUGUAGCCUGAAAUAAAAGGUUGUUCUAAAUUCUGGAAUUUGCCCCCCACCCCCACCCCCCAGCAAGGGCCUGGGAGAUAUAGAUGAGGACAUUAUCUUUCCAGGCUAAUGCCAGAAUAAAGGAAAGGAAAAGAAAGAGAAAAGGUUUCAUGUUCAGUUAAAGUAUGAAGUCUUUAUCUGUUGUCUUGGGCAGAAGUAAUCAACCUUGAUGUCAGCUACUUAUCUUCCUCAUCAAUUUGAUUCAAAGGUCUCCAGCGUCUUCUAAUUUUGAAGAGGUGUCAGUGGUCAGGAGCACUUGAUAAGCGCCCUUCCAGUGGAGCUCCAACACUCUCUUCGUCUGAUAACAUUUCCAGAAUACCCAAUCACCAUGCUCUAGAUUGUGACCAACAAGAACCCCUGAAUUGGGAUCAGGAAAGACUUCUUUAACCUGUUGGUGACAGGCUUGAGCACAAGAUCUCAGAGACUUAGAAUAGCUGGUCACAGUAGCAUGAGAUAACAAAGGGCAAGCAGAAGGCUGCACAGACAUUGGUCUGCUGGUGACUCUUUCAUGUAGAGUGAGUUUGUUUCUUAAAGGGGGAACUUCAAAUAGUCAACAGGACCAAGGGCGUUACCUUAGCUCAGGGAAGUCCAAUAGCUUCAGCACAUUUAGAAAUUUUAAGUUGGAGGAUCUCUCAACCUUGUCUGACGAUUGAAGUGAUAAGGACAGUGAUAAUUCAAAGAAGUUUGCAAGGUUUUCAUCAAGGCUUGUAAGAUUUGUUCAGUGAAAUGGUUUCCUUGAUGACUGGAGAUUAUGGAAGGUUCCCAGUGAGAAACACAUUCUCUAACGGUUUCUUUGCUACCAUGAUGGCAUCAGCUUUGUAGCAGUGGAAGGCCUCAGACCAUCAGGAAAACACACAAACAGUAAUAAAAACACUGUGACAACCCUCACUAAGUGGCAUCUGAAUGAAGUCUAGUUGUUGGUGUUCUAAGGAUCCAGGGACAGGAGGUCUGAGGCCUUUGGGGACAAAAGUAAUUUUUCCAGGAUUAUGGACUUGACUAGUUACACAUUGCUGGUGACUAUUUUUUGCAAUUUUGUGCAAGUCUCCCCACCAAUGUCUGUUAGUAAUUUGAGACAUCUUAAAUGCCCUGUAGUGGGGUGGAGGAAUGUAAAAAUGGAAACACGGGGUUUUCCAGGGAGCUGGGAAGAACCAAGUGCCCACCUUGGGUUUCCCAUAACCAUGGCCAUUCAUUGAAUUUAUAGUCAUUAUUUUACCAUUUUGAUGUUUCUGAUCUGGGAGCCAACUGUCACCAUGUUGCAAGGACAUCGUGACGGCAAAAGUCUGGCAAUACGGGGUCAUUUUUGUAGAAGCAGAAUGGACUUUAUCCACAUGUGCCAUAACCUUUACAGAUUCUGUUGUUGUUUGGCUUUUCAUGAGAGUCAGCUAAUCACAUAUUAAAUUUUUUUCCCCAAGAUUCCUUUUCCACUCUCCUUAGUGGCUUUAAUUACACAUAUUAGAGGUUUUUUUUAAUGCUUAGAAACUUUAAUUUCUAGUGAAAACCAAGUAGUAAGCAAUUGUGAACUGAUAUACCAGCAUGUACCUUUUUAAUUUUCCAGAGUAGCGCAAACACAUCCAAAUAUCUUUUACUUUCUCUGUAAUAAGAAGCCAAAGUAGAGACACCUAUGUUCAGUAAUUAAUAUUUUGGUAUUUUAUCUUAUUUGGAAAUGAUCUAAGUAGUAAAUGAAUUUAACUUAUCAUUUCACCGAACUCAGCAAAACUUUAAGGUUUUAGGUUGCCAAAAAGAUUUGGGAGACUAUUUAAAAGUUUGCCUAAAAUUUAAAAUUUUCUUUACAUCUAUUCAAUUUACUUGUUCUUAACAAUUCUGCUUGAAUCGCCCAUAAAAAUGUAAUGAGACAUCAAAGUCAGUCAUUCUCCCAAGCUAGUUUUAAAGAACAUUUUGUAACAGAUAACAUCAACUCACUUGACUUUAAGUAAACCCAGGCAGAAUAAAAGUUGUAAUUUUAAUGUUGAUAACUCUAAAGACAUGUCUAAUUAAACCAAAAACCAAAUAUUUUCCCAGAUCGUGUGAACUUGAAAAAACAUUUGUAUUAGUUUCUAUCUUUCUGAGAAUUUUAGAAUGCCUAAUCCUUACAAGUGCUUGCCUUCAAAAUAACUAGAGCUCUUUUACAAAUUAAUUUUAGCAGUACCGUCCAGAGGUAGAAAAAUAUCUCACACCUACAGCAUAUACAUGUGGACACACACACACACACAGACCAAUGCAAAGACCCUGUAGUUUACUAACGUUUGAGGAGAAGAUUUUUAAGAUUUGUAUUUGUUCCUGGAAUUAAUCUUAAGGAGGCUGUGCUAUAGAACUCUUUUGGCAGUUUGUAUUUUAUUUUAUUUUUUAAGAUUCCUUAUUUUUAAGUAAUCUUCACACCCAAGGUGGGACUUGAACUCACAACCCCGAGAUCAAGAGUGGCACACUGCACCCACUGAGCCAGCCAGGCGCCCCUAGCAAUUUGUGUUUUAAAAAGACUGCUAGCUUCUUUUUCUUUCUUUCUCCUUCAGUCUCAGAUGAUUGUGGGCUACGCUUACAUUUCAAAGACAUAAGAUUUAAAACUUUAAGGGACAAAGAAAGACUGCAAGUUCCCCCCAAGAUGGACUUUGGUUUCCCAGAGCCAAUAAUUUACAAGCCAGCUGUGUGAGAUAAAUGGGAAGUUUUGGGAGUAGUAGAGGAAUAGGUGAAUUUUGAAUUGCCUCUAUAGCUGCAUUUCUAGUUUUGUAAAGUUUUGUAAGAUAAGGACUAUUAUUUUAAUUCCUCAAAGACUUGGGUUUUAACUUAAAUGACAUCAUAUGUUGGUCUAUGCUUCCAGCUACACUAUUCUCAAUUGGCUUCUUUCCCUCAGGGCACAUAGUUCUAAUUUUAAGUAUUUCUGGCAGUAUUGAAUUACCUGCCUUGGGUGUAACAGAUGUCCCCAAAGAGUGUGCAAAGGAUACUACCUUGUCAAGAUCCAGAGUCAUUCCUGAAGAUAUGGCCAAAAGAAAGAACCAACAACCCAUGUGUCCCAGGCAGGCAGAAAGCCAAGCCUAGUUAUGCAAAUUGAGACAAACAAGAAGGCAAUAGCUGUCCCCAGGAGGGAGAGGAUCAGUGAAUGACCUAUGGGCUUAGAUUUGGAAAGGAAGGAACAAUGUGAAAUUUCAUUUUCCUUUCUUGACUGGGCACCACAGACAGAGACAGAGAAGGACAGAUUCUGGUGAAAUUUUCACCCUCCCCUGGCUUCUGCCAGUUUUUCUAGGAUCCCUCCUGCAGGCUGGUAUCUACCAGAGUUUCUCCUUGGCUGUUUAAAGGAACAGCAUGCAGUUUACCAGACAAUCCCUCAGUUUUGUCAACUCUGGGAGGGGUCUGUAAGGGAACCCUCCUCCUGAGAUAGGUAUAGGGGUGUCCGUAAGGCCAUUAACUCAGCAGACUUUUGUUUAUGAUUGUGUAGUCUCUUCAGAGUGGAAAAACAAUUCAGACUAGAAUGAGUUCUCAAAGGAGGAUAGAGGGGAGCCGUGGGAGUUAGGUGAGUCUUACAGUCUUUUGUUUUAGGUCUCUCUCACAUCUUUAAUUUUUCAUCAGCCUUUUGCAGUAAGUCUUUCAAUGAAACUACUUUGGAAUCCUGAGACCUUUUGCGGGCUUCUGCUUGCCAAUUAAAGUAGGUAUCCCAUUUUGUUUAAUUUGGGAACCCUUGCUUUUAAGUGUACUUCUCAAAUGAACCAUCUUGUCUAAUUGGAGCAUUCCAUAUAAUGGCCAUUGUAUUUGUGAGUUGAAGUUCCCCUGUGGGCUGGCAGCAGUUUGGUAGGUUCCUAGCUGCAAAUGGAAUUAACCCAUAUUUCUUUCCAGCCACAUCCAUCUACAGAGGGGUGCAACUCACAUUUCUGUCUGGCCUUAUUUUGGGUCCCCCAGCCUGACAACUGCCAAACCAAACUCUUCAGGACACAAAACAAGCUUAUUACAAUUUUGCUGUUCCUACACCUCCCCCUCCCAGGUACCUACAACUUUCAGGACUAUGAUUCUUAGACAUAAAAUAAGCAGGUGUGCCUGAAGGUAGUGCACUUGAAUCUUUAGAAUUUAAGGAUCCCAGCAGCUAAGCCUUUGAGUUUCUCAGAGUCAAACUGAUACCUGAAAGGGAUACGCUGCUGGGUUGGGGAUAGUUUGUGUUUUACAGUGUCCCUCAUUGCAUGAAAGCUUUCUUGAGGUUGGGAGUGACCCAGGAUCAAUCUAACUCAUUGCAUGACCAAUUUAUCCUAUCAUGAGAGUCUUCUUGAAGUGGUGAAUGCCCUAACAGCCUUUAAAUGCUUGGCCUGUGCCCACCAAUCUUUGCAGGCUUCUGGCUUCCGGGGAUUCCCUUGGCAAUAACUUUUACUGCACAAAACAAGACAGACAAACAUGUGCACCUUAACAUCUCUGCGGUAGCCAAGGGAUGUUACUGACUCCUGGCCACAAGAAGGCCCUGUGUGCACUACCACCAAUUCCUGUGGAACCAUGGACUGGGCAAGUGAUUAAACCAGCAAACCCCAAGGGAUGGGGACUGUGGACUGAUUCCAAACAAAAUGGAGAAAGACAGCUGCUGCCAGCAGUUCCCAGUGUGGAAUCCAGGGAUAGAACUAAGGUCUAGGGUUUUCCCUCUGGGGAACUGUGGUCUGAAAGGCUACAGGCUUGAGCUCUGGGAAGACCCUUCUGCCAGCUCAGUUGGGCCCCAGGCAAAACUACCCACUCAGCUGGGUUCUGGGCAGAAUUGCCUGCCCAGUUGGGCUCCAAGCAUAAUUGUCUGCCAGCUCAGGCUGACCACCCCUGUAAAGGAAAGCCAAUUAGAUGGAGACCUUGUACCCAACAGGAGUGGAGCUCAGAACUGAGAGGGACUUCAGCCUUCGGAAACAGCGAGAAAGACAGUAAACCCAGACGGUUCAUGGGGUACCACGCUUGGGUUUCCUGUCCUUGGAUGCCAUUGGAAGUUCGCUUCAGAUCCCAGCAAUGCCACCAAAUCUGUUAAAUAAUAAAAAUUCAAUUACAUAAUUUUAAAGAUCCAGUUGGCUUUAUUAACCAAUUCAUGAAUCAGUCAGUCUCCAUCUAGCAUGUAGAGGGGGCUCUGAGGAGUUGUACGCAUGGAAGGUUUUUAUAGGAAGGAGGGUGGUACAAUAAGUUCUUAGCAAAAGAAAAGAAAGGAUAGUUUGACCUUGGCAGAAGGGCAGGAGAUCUUAUUAGGUGGAUUCCCUUAUCUUUUGGGGGAUGGAGAGGGCCCAUGUGACAGAUUAACUCACAGAUGCUGAUCAGAAAAUUCCUGACUAUCCAGCCAAGACUACAUUUCUGGGGGAAGUUAGAACUGCAGUUAGGUUGGGCAUUGAGUCCCGGUUUGGUGACCUGGCCUAUGUGACACUAUUUUGGGCCUGUGGUUUUCUUUUUAACAGCUUGGAAAAUGUUUUAUCCCCAUUGCCACUAGAGCAGGCUGCAUAAGCUGUGGCUUAUGUGUGCAUGCCAGACACAUGCAUGGGUUUAUCAGGAAAAGCUAUUGAAUUGAUGUGUCAGAGGGAAGAGGGUGGUGAUGGGAAAGCCCCACUGACAGGCCUCAGUGUUAGGCUCUGGUUUUUAGUUGUGGCUCCUUUGGCAACUACUCCUUAACCCCCUCAGCUCUCAUGCCCACUAGGCCCUGAAUUGAGGAGAGCUCAGACUAUGCUGCCUCCCUUCAACUUGACUGUCUCCAUCAUUUCCCUCCUCGCCCUUGUGUUCUUUUCUCACAAGCCUGACUCAGACCUAGUUUUUGCCUGUUUGUUUUCUUUUGCUCACAGACUAUUCUCUUGGGCCAGAUUCCUACCCCCGCCCCCCAAUCAUCUUAUUCUGUCUCCUCAAAUGUUUUUUUCAAUGCAAUCUUGCCAAAAGCUAUUUUAGGGUUUGACUGUGGCUUUUUGGCAUCAUUAUCUCACUGGGUCUAGUUUGGAGGUUCCUCUGGGAUCUCUUGCUGGAGUCUUCUCUUUUUAGGAUUUCCCAGUCUAUAUCAGAAGCAUUAAAAAAAAAAAAUCAUCACUUUGUCCUGGGGAGAAUGUUAUUUUCUCCAUUCAGAUAUUUAAAAAUCUUAAUGCUCUACAACUAGAGUUUUAUUUUGUAAGGGAUAUUCUCUGGUAAGCUGCCAAUGGCAACCUAUAAUACGAAGUUCCAUAUGCCCCUUUGGGUUCAACUGUAAUCUUUAUGAGAUAAUUUCAUCCCCUUUUUUCUUGCUGUGUAACUGAAAUCCUCAAGAGCAAAGAAACUUUUGUAUCCCUCCCACAUCCCAGAACUAGCUUGGAGUUUGGCCUCAGGCAACAACCAACUAACAGUGCCUUGAAGAUAAUCCUCUGGGGAGUUAAUUAAGAUAGACUGAAUAAUUUAAGGGGCAGUUCUGGUGAGUGAAAUAGAGAAGAGCAUUUUGGGUUCAAGGGUUGAUGCAUCCCCUUUUUCAUUAUUUCAACUCUUACCUCUACUUUCUUGAUGAACGUUAAAGAAAAGUAAACCUAUUUUAUAGAUUUGAUAGUGUUAAUUAAUUUUGGUGCUUACUAUGGGCUCGCCUUUGGGCUGGGCUCCAUGGAAGUUUGAGUUGUAAUUACGCAGUAAGCUUUCAAAUUGUACAAUAAAAUCCUAGUCAGUUUUCAAGGUCCAUCCCAGAGGCCACCAUCUCCAGGAAGUCUGACCAAACUCUUCUUUGGGUUUGGUCACUCCCUCAUCCCUACCCCAUACAACUUUCUACACAGCUACAUUACAGUUCUUCAGAUAUCAUCUUAUAUCUAUUCGUUUACCCGUUUUACCCCCUCCCACAUCCACUAAGGUUAUUGUCUCUACUUUAUCCUGAAGUCUCUUCUCAUCUACAGUGACUAAUGCUCCAUCCACUAGAAAUGGUAUUAACUCCUUUCCAUAAAGACCACACAUAGUUGUUCUAGGAUUGCCUGGAAUUAUAGGCUAAUACGUCAGUGUUGGGGCUUCAGAGUUAAUCCAACAGACGCAUUUCAAUUUUCCCUUGUUCUAUGUGCACCAACUUAGUCAUUAAUUAAAUCUCUGGGUCAGAAAUUGUAGCAAGAAUGUGCCAUUUAAUAUGCUUCCCACAUAUUUUUAAAAUAGUUUAACUUUUUUGCCUCCGUUUCUCGUACAUGUGCCGUGAUUGAGUUACUCUCUUAUCCCUUGACCUUGCCAACAACUAGGGCAGGAUCAAAGUCUUGUAGUUCUCUUUAUGGCAUUUAACACAAUGUCACAAAAACUUUGGCCUUAAGUACUUCUUCUUAUGAUAAGCUUCAUGGGACUUCGGUGUCUCGAAGAACUUUCUGGCCUGUGGGGCAGGAGAUUCACUUGAUUCUAGACCUGGCACAGACUCUCAUUUGCUGCCACUGUGGGGUUCACCUAAAGAUGUGGGCCUCAGUUUUCUCAGCUGUGGAGUGCGAGGAUGGGAUUCUCAGCAAGCUCCCUUCCAGCUCUAAACUUAUCUGAGUUCCCCCUUUCCCUUGUUCUGUAUCUGCCACUUUCUGGAAUAUCUUUUGUAUUUAAUAUAAUAAGUUUGUCCUCACUUUGAAAGGUGUUUAUGACAUGAGAAAGAGGUGGGAAAUAGUUAACAUAAAUGCAUUCUGAGCAGCCUAAUACUUUUUUUCCUGCCAAACUUCUCUUUCCUCCUCUUCCCCCGAUAUUUUUUGGGGGGUGGGUGGACGGGUGGGUGGCUUUUGCGAUAUUGAUAUUCAGAGAAGAGUAGAGCAUGCAGGACUGCAAGGGUUCAUAACAGAUGGUUAUAUGGUGCCAUUUUAGGAGGGUUAUUAUAAAUAACACAUCUAUUUUCCUGAAUAGUAGGAUGUCUUAAGUGUUGAGGCUUCACCCUACUAUUGAAAUAGAAAGAGGAGGAGGAAUCAAGGAAACACCUAGCUAGAACAUUUUUGCAUGAUCUCAACUUUCUUAUUGUUCCUGAGCAUCUUAAUUUGGAUAGUGGUGUGUUUUUGAGAUUGAAUGCAAGGAAAUUCAUUGCACAAUUUUUCUGGCACUCAUUUCCCUUCUCUAAAUGCUGCUUUGCUGGAGCUUCUUCCUCCCUUGCCUGUGUGAGCUUGUCUGCCCAUAUCCCAGCUGCAGUCGGUUGGCACAACCUUUCUCCCGGGGAAUUGUAUUGUACUCCUGGUGGAUGUAAUUCACGUACCCACUAUCCCCAAAGGGAGAACCAGUCUCUGCAUUGGUAACUACAAAGAAGGAACUGACCUUGUAUCCCCACUGUAGAGUGAAUAUAUCGUUUAUGUUAGGUGUUCAAUAAGAUAUUUUUUACCUCGAGGAUAACGGAGACAGGAAGUAAAGAAACUUGUCAAGCUUCUUUAGGAUAGCAACCUUUGAACAUGUUUUGCUCUGUGAAUUGGAAUAUGCUGCCCAUCAAAUUGUCACUUCAGUGAUUACCAUACAAACAUUUGGUUACAUUAAUGUAAUUGCUUUCCUUACAUGCUAACUUGAUAACCUGGUUCCUUGAAAGAUAUUACCCCAUGUAAUAUCCAAGGGAAAUGGAAAGAGGAUGCCUUACAAUGUUACUGCUCUCGUUUUCACGUUCCAACCCCUGAUUUAGUGCCCUUUAUCUGUUCACCUCCAACCCUGCAUGCUUUUCAAUAAAAGAAAAUGCAUUUGGGUUGCCAUAGCUCACGGACAUUAGUGAGGGGGCACGCCGAAACUUGAGAGGACCCCCAGAUUCUCAAACACCACUAACUGGGUUGGAACCACUGGAGGUCGAGCUGGAUUUCCUCAGUGGUUUUAUUCCCAUUUUUGCCAGGGGCCUUACACAUAUUGUGUCAUAAGAUACAGCACUGUAUGGUAGGUAUUAACACGAGUAUAAACUUUAUACUCUAAGCAUAGGAACCACAGGUAUGGAAUCCUCAGAUGCCACGGGUCUGCUAGAUGCCUGAAUGAAAAGGCAAGUUCUGUCAUCUGUUAUGGAAAACUAGAAUGCAAGUGGAAAAUGGACCGAGACCUCCAUGGGGAGAGAGAAGUUUGAUGCCUUUCUAGCAGCAUCCCCAAAAUGGACAUUAUGAGUACACCAAAGGGAAGGGAUAAUGUCCUCAUCACUCUUCCUGUGGUAGAAUUACAUUUGCAUCCUUCCUGCUCGAAACGUACUUCACUGCAGUGGGUCUUUACCUGUGUUUUUCUUUUUUGGAGGGAGAGUCCUUCUAUUUCAUACACCAAAAUGGCCAGAUACUCCAUCUCUCUGCCCCCUGGCAGCUAGAUCAGGGGUAUGUCAUGACUUGGGCUUCGCCAGUUGGUACUCUUCUUCUGCACUUUGGAGCUGGGGCAUGUGCCGCAGAGAUCAAAGGACACCUGAGCAAGAUUCUAAGGCAGCAGUGUUGACAGGCAGUGAGAGAAGCAGCACGGAGUCCAGGGUGCCGCCACUGUCCGCCAGACCUUGUGUGGGUAGUUCCUGGAGUAGUCACCCUGAGUUUCUGCCUGGUUUUCUAACACUUCCAUCAUUUCUCUUUUCUUCAGCGUUCUUCCAACGCAUUCCUUUUCUGCUUAAGGUAGCCAGACUGAACUCCUGUGGCUCACAACCAAUGACCUUGUAUAAUUCUGUCACAGAAUACUGUGUGGCUUUGCUUACUCACCUGGCAUGAAUUACCUUCUGCUCAGGCAGUUUAGAGACAUCCGUAGUCCAUAUGGAUCACUGUUAAUUUCACUUUUUAUGGUGAAAAGUUGUUCCAGGUGGGAAAGCAUGAUUAUUUUGGCUUGAUUUUAAUAAGCAGAAAACAAAGGAAAAGAAAUACUGUGUUGGCACCGAGCAUUAAACUAUAAGGAAAUAAAGCUCUUAAUGGGUAGACUUUUAGCUAAGCUCCAUAGGUUUAUUUGUUUGUUUAUGUUUUCUGCCUAUUCACUCAACAAAAGGAACUAGGGAAAUUCAUGGCAAGGAGAAAAUAAAGCAUCAAAGAGGAUACAAAUAUUGAAUAAGGUAUUGGAAACCCAAACACUUAGAUCUUUAACAUUCAUUAUGAGGUUACUUCACAUUUCUUAGGCAGAUUUUUUUCCCCACCACUUGGUAUUCUGUGCGUACACUUACAUAUUUAAAUAAUAAAUUUUAAAAAUCCCAUAAAAAAUGGUCAAGUUUUUUUUUCCCCAUUUGACUCGCAGUUAUUUCACUUCGAUGAGACUCGUUAAGGAAACCAUUUAGAGUUGUAAAUGCCACCAAGUCAUUCCAAAGUAAAGAUUAGAAAUUCUCUCAUCAAUCGCUAGUCAAAAAGGUCCUGACAUUUCUCUAUGGAUUUGGCCCAUGUGAUUAUUUACCAGUGACCAUCCGACCUCUGUGUGAAGCUGCUCCCCCUGGAAGGGGCAUGGUCUUUGCACAAGGUAGAGCGACACUUCAUGGGUACCAGCAGCCAUAACAGUUUCUUGAAAAGCAAAUCAGAUUCACAUGUACUUGAGUGCUGGGUAAGAUGUUUUGUAGGCAGAAAAGGAACUAUACCCUACUAUCAUUUCAGCUCUUAUACAUCAAAUCUUCUUAUAAGUUUAAAAAGGCUUUAUAAUCAUUUCAAUUACUGCUUUCUCACCAAGCCCUGGGUGGGACAUGACUGGCACAUUUUUCUAAGAAAAUGUAGUUAAUGCCGCAUUUAUGACAUGGAAUUGACACAAGAUGCUAAUUGGUGGGGAGCUGAUAAUAGCAGCAGAAUGAUGGCAGAACACUGUUUCCAUAGCCUGGUGCACCAGACUGUUUCCCCCAUUUUUAUAGGCUUAGGUAGUGGGGAGGGAAGGAGCUAAUGACUAUGAUUUUUACAGUAAAAAGGGAAGACAGGAUUUCCAAAAGCAUCAUUAGAAAUGUCAACAUAAGCCUGUUUCAGAAUUAAAGCGGUGUAUCUCAAAACUCGCCCCUGUAAUGAAGCACCCUAAAUAUAUUAACCAGCUGGUAACCAGCAUCUGAGAUCACAUUUGGAUGUGCCCCUUUCCAGAAUGGCUGUGGGUCCUGGCUUCUUGUCUUCAUCUGAGGAUUUUCAGCUGGGCUUCUGAGCAGGCUGGACCCCGAGCCUGGGUUGAGGAGUGAGCCAGGCAUAGGAUUUUGAGGCCCUUUGCAGUGGGCUGCUGGCAGACCUGUCUUUAUCUUUCAUUCAUAGGCAUGAACUAGACUCCAGCCGCCUUUCCUUUAACUUGAGAGAGGUUAUUUGACCAUUCUAACUCUUGCUGUGUGAAAAGUGCAAUGGUUCGUGUCAAGACAUAACAAACUAUAUUUGAACAUUGCUUUAUCAUUUACUGUUAUAUGCAGAUGAUAAGUGCUGUGGGGCAAAGACCUGCCAUUCUCUAUUCACAUCAUAAGCAAAUGUGCAGAGACCACGGUGUAUUCAGAGUCUGUAUGGUUGAUCACAGCCCUCACCUAGAGUUUCUGGAGCUAUUCCCUCAGUCAGUAGACCAUGACGUGGCACAGGAAGGGAACAACACCCAACUGAAGAGUGUUAACACAUGUCUUUAGUGCCCCGAUCCUCAUUUUGCUGACUCAUCUGUGACUCUGGAAUCUUCAUGUAGAUUCCAUCACCCUGAGGACCCGGUUUAGGAAUAUGGCUCCUCAGUUCCCCCAAGGUUGUCUCUGUCCUUGGUCUGUAGCACCAGAGCUGCUGCGUCCAUCAGCCUCUGACGGUCCUCAACCCUCUUCCUGGUCAGGGGCCAGUCACACUGUCCCAGUGAGCCUAUAGGGAGAACUCUGAGUUUCCACCACUCUUUGCAGGAGUUGAUCUCUAGGUAAUAUCAUAGGCUCUCGAAAGCUGCAGACAGAUGUGUCUGCUAAGUCUCCAUUGUCAUCCAUGGUUCUCCUCGAGCUUGUCCUCUACUGGGCAGUGAGGAAGGGCACAAGGUCAAAGGCUUUGACUCCAAGCGACUUCUCAUACUCUCCAAAGAUGUCCUAAAGGUGUGCCUCUACGAGCCAUCAAUUCUUGUUCGCUGUGGACUUGGGUUCUUCCAGCAUGUGGCGUCAACCCUGCCGUCUUUGUGUGUCCUACAUCUCUGUAUGUCCUGCGUAGGACCUUGGGACUCAUGGUAAACUUCAGUGCUGGAAGUAACUUCCAGUACCAUGCUCCAUAUGGCUCCUCAUCAAAUUACAUUCCUAGAUUAUAUAUUUUACACUAAAAAAAUCUCCCAAGGUAUCUAGGACCAUACUGGAUCCUAAAUAAAAUGCUUGUUAACAGUGUCACCUCCAUUUAGUAUAUAUUGAAAUAACUUUUUCUCCCCCAGUGUUCCCCUCUUGAACUCUACUUUGAGGAGCCACUCAGCCAGGACUUUCUGCGAGAGAAUUGGUAUAUUUAGCAGUCAUCAGAUAGUUACUGUUAUGGUGCUGAGUUUUUAGAAACCUGUUAAUUGUACUAGCUUAAACCUAAAUUACAUGUUCCUGUCUUCAUAUGGUGAUGAUGAUGAUUUUAUAAAUGCUGGUUGGAUAGCACUGUAAUUAGUGGGCACCGGCUUCUAUUUUGGUAACAAUUUAUUCUUACACCACAUUUGAGAGGUUUCUCUUUCCUGUGGUCACAAAGAGGUAAAAAAAAAAAAAAUGACAUCCUUUUUAAUAAGGCAUCCCAAGCAGCCUGAGUACCUAUGAAUUAUAAAUGAAAACUUUUCAGUGAUUAAAAUAAAUAUACUGAUGCAGUCCCCUUUUCUGCGUCAUUGCUUCACUAGGCCUGCAUGAAAAUCACUCAGAGGAAGUCCCAUGGGUCUCUGAGAUCACCUCCAUCUGGUUCAUGCAUUUCUCUGAUGUAAAUCAGAGGGAAUUAAGGACAGUGGCAUUUUGGCUGGCUUGAGGAGAGGUGUUCUUUCUUCCAGGGGAGCCAUCAGCCCCUUGCUUAUAGGUUAGGUAGGGCCCUGUGGUCCAGCUCUUCAUGGACUCGUGUUUGUAGCUAUGGUCUCACAAUGUAGCUCGGUCCACAUUUUGUUGCCUCAGUAAUCAAUUUCCAUUUAAUGUUCAAAGAUGAUUCCAUUCCAUUCCUUUCCCAGGUAAGGCUUUAUUUAGUAGCGACAGUUGAGGGCAGGUGCUGGGGCAGGUGAAUUAAGGGCUCCUUUAAUUUAUGACCACAAGAGACCCUUGUGGGACCUUGAAGGCUGUCACUCUAAAAUAAGAGCCAAACACAAUCCCAGAUGGAUACUAAUCAACAUAAAUGAAUUGCAUUUGCAGGAAUCCUUCUUUCCCACUUCUCAGUGCAAAGCUUCUGCUGCCAUCAGGGGCCAUUGGGUGAGAAGUGGGUAGUAGGGAAAGUUCUUGAAGACCAUAAUGACAUACAUGAGGGCAAAGAAAGAGAGGCCUGGAUAAAGAAGAAAACUUUCUCCUAGCUUUGUUUAUUCCUCCCUGCCCUCCAUUUGCCUUUUAUUUGAUUGGUUGUUGAUUAAAUGACAUUAAUGUCUGUUGCAGAAUUGUGCAUGAGAGACUACUGGUAUUUUACUGUUCACGUUGGAAAUGAAAGGUUAUGAGCAUUGCAGGUUAUCAGUUCUGAAAUGGCCCAUUUGCCAACAAUUAAUGACUUUUGGGGAGCAAUUAAUGUCAAGGUGAAAGCAAUGAACCCUUCAGCAAAAUGGACAGUGGUUUCGAGCUAAGGGAAAAUUCAGCCUUUCAUAGACUUUUUUCCUAUCAAAACAUCUCUUUAAGGUCCAAUAUCUAAUAGUUUUGAUAUUGUAUUUCAGAUAUCUAACUUAUUUAGGGUUUUUUUUUUGGAAGGUUUAUUUAGAUUUUUAAGUCACACUUUUCUCUCAACAAUGUAUAUAACCAAAGUAACACAGGAAAGAUAGUGCUUAAUAAAAUCCGUGUUUAUUGUCAGUAAUAUUUAUUGUCAUCAGAUUAGAACCAAGUUAAUGUCAGAUUAGUAAGUGGCAUCUCAGUCACAAGACUUUUAGGGAUGUGAGGUAAGGAGGACAAAAGAAAUGGUAGAAACAACUGGAUUCAUCUUUGGAGAGUCUCAAAAUCAUCAGUGAGACAUUGGCAGAACAGGGAAAUUAUUUCUGAAUCUUGAGCCAAUGAUGCCCCCUGAUCAGAUCAUUUGGCCAUUAUGUGUUUAAAUUUGUUUUCAUGUUUAUUUAUUUUUGAGAGAGAGAGACAGGGUGUGAGUGGGGGAGAGAGGGAGACACAGAAUCCGAAGCAGGCUUCAGGCUCUGAGCUGUUAGUACAGAGCCCGAUGCGGGGCUCAAACUCACAAAUGGCGAGAUCAUGACCUGAGCCGAAGUCGGAUACUUAACUGACUGAGCCAUGCAGGUGCAGGUGCCCCUGGCCAUUAUAUUUUUAGAAAACCAUCAUGCUUCUUGGUGUAUUUGUCUCGAAAACCUUUGCCUACAAAAAUUAGAGAAAAAUUGCUGAUGGUUGCCAGAGGCAGGGAGGUUGGGCCAAAUUACUGAAGGUGAGAGGGAGAACCAGGCUUCCAUAUGGAAUGAAGAAGUUAUGAGAAUAAAAGGCACAGCAUAAGGAAUAUAGUCACUGAUAUUGUGAUAGCAAGGUGUGGUAACAGAUGGUUGCUACACUUGUGAGCAUAGCAAAUAUAUAAACUUGUCCAAUCACUAUGUUGUCAACCUGAAACUAAUAUAACAUUGUGUAUCAACUACCUUAAAAAAAUUAGAGAAAAGUUACAACCAUAAUUAAUUGGUCUCAAUUGCAUAGAUCAUGAGACUACUCUCUUUCCAUUUCUUUCUACGUGGUGUUAUUUCCAUUACUGCCCACUUAACCAAGGUUUGGGAGUCAUAACUGACAAAAAAUCUAAAGCUAUUAGGCCCUUAAGGGAAAGUUUACAGAGUUACAUCAUCUGUUUUUAAGCUCCUUUCCUCCAGUGGACCUUGCCACACCCGCAGAACAUUCUUUUUUUUGAACUCACAGAUUAACAGUUGGAAGGUGGAUGUAUUUUUGAGCCUUGAGUUUUUACUUUUGCUCUUUUCAGCCUUUUAUGAUGCAAGAAUGCUUUGGAAUGACUUGAAAUAGCAUUCUUCAUGCAUUCAUAAUUUAUUGGAAAUCUGUUCGGAGCAAGGUAUUGUGCUAGAUUUGAGGUAGAGGAGAAGUGGUUCAUUCACUCAGCAAAUAUUGUUGUGCACACAUGAUGUGGCUAAGAACUAGGAAUGGUGGAAAGCAAAAGAUAUUGUUCCUGCCCUCCUGGAGUUGAGUUUAGUACAGGAGACACCUUUAAAUCAAAAAUCACACACGUAUAUACACAUACAACUACAGUGUGUGAUAUGAGCUGUAAAAUAAAAGAAUCACAUUAUCUGGGAGCAAAGGGCUUCUAUGAGUAAGCAAUAUUUAAGAGAAGACUGAAGGACAAGGGAGAGAUUAACUUAGUAAGGGAUGGGGUGCAGAACCGUAUUGCAGGCAGAGGCAGCUGCUGAUGCUGGUGCUCAGUGGUGAGGGAGAGAAGCACAGUGUGUAGGGUCAUGGCACUGGAGCCCAGAGAACAAGGGAGAGCCCAGGGUGAGAUGAGUCUGGACUGGGAGGUGGGUGCAAGACCAUGUAGGACCUGAUAACCAUUUUAAGAAUUGGAGGUUUUAUCCUAGGAAGAGUGGGAAACUUUUGAAUGGUUUUAAGAAUGUAAAAUGGAUGGAACAUGUUUUGUUAUUUGCAAAGAUCACUCUAGAGCCAUUAGAAGUGGUGGCAAGACCACUCAGAACACUGUUGGGCACAGGCGGAAGGUGACAGUAACUCAGGUACACAUCAUGGAGAAGGGAGCCAUGGAUGGAUUCUAGAGAUGUGGAAGAGGCAGAAGCAAUAGAACUUGGUAUUUAUUGAAUAUGGUCUGGGAGAUGGGUGUUGGCAUGAUCCCUGUUUCUAGCUAGCUUAGUAGGGUGAUCGAUGGUACCAUUAACUUAGGUAGAAAGCUAGGAUAAAAUAAGAUUUGAGGGAAAAGCUGAGUUUUACUUCAGAUACGUGGAGUUGGAACUGUUACAUAGCGUUGUAAGAGUAAGCUAUUGUUACAUGGUCUUAAAAAAAUGAAUGGAUGUUUAAAAAUUUAAGAUGGCUAGAGGCAGAGUGCUCUAGUUACCUCUAUUGCAUAACAAACACCCAACAGUUAUGGUUCAAAGCAGCAUUUACUUUGCUCAUGAAUCUGCAAUUUUGGUCGGCAUUGGGGUGAAUAGCUGGUCUCUGCUUCCCUUGGUGUCAUUGGGGGUGUGGCCUGAACGCAGAAGGCUGGAAUCAUCAGAAAGAUGGCUCGCUUCUAUGCAUGGCAGUUGAUGCUAGCUGUUGGCUGGAACCUUAGCUGGGGCUGUGGCCAAAACACCUACACAUGACUUUCCCAUGUAGCUGUCGGGAUUCUUGCCUGAGGUCGGUUGUCUGGGUUCCAGGGUGACUGUCAUGUGAGUAGAGCAAGCGUCAGGCAGAGGUUCCAUCAUCUUCCAUGACCUCGCCUCGGAAGUCAUGCAGCAUCACCUCUCUUCCCACUGCAUUUUAUUUAUUGGAAGUGUCUCCCUAAGCCAGGCCAUGUUUAAGAGGAGAAAACUUAGUCUACCUUUCGAGGGGAGGAGUGCUGAAGAAUUUGUAAAUAUGUCUUAAAACCACCACAUGGGGUAAGAGGUUAGGAGAAGAAAGCAAAAAGCAUUCCAGAAGAAGGGAACAGGUUGAAGCAAAAAUUGUACUCAAUAGAAGUGCUGCUGACUAAAUUCAAGAAUUCAUGACGGGCCAUGAGUAGUGGCAAAUACAGAUUAAAAGAAAAUUUGGGACCAAAUCAUAGUAGAGCCUAAAUUUCUGCAAACCCGUUGUGUUGGACCCUGAGACAAAUGGUCAGAGUAGAAUACAAGUUUAUGUUUAUUAAAUAAAGAUCAAAAGGUGAUGUAACAGUUCAGUGGCUGACUGGCAUAGAUUAGGCAUAAUUCUACUUGAUGAUAAAAUGAUUCAUGCCAAUUAGUUCUGGUCUACAAAUCUUGGAUCCUGCCUGUGUCUCCAAAUUUAAACUGCUCACAUCUUCAAAUCAUUUUAUUUGGGCUUUGUGGUUUCCCUAAUGCCAGUUGGAAAUGUGAGUCAAAAAAAAAAGUAUGCCUGGGUGGGGGGGUCCAUUAGGAGGUGUUUCUCCUUUAUCCUUUAGUGGAUUAACUGUGGGAAUCUUGGUCUUUCUGUUCCUCGUCGUGGCUUCAAAUCCCUCCAGGUCACUAUUGGACUACCUCAAAUGGCCUGGAUCAGGAUGGGUGUAGUGGGUUGAAUAAUGUCUCUCCAAAUUCAUUUCCAUUCAGAACCUGAGGAUGUCACCUUAUUUGGAAAUAGGAUCUUUGGGAUAAAAUUAGUUAAGGACCUCAUGGUGAAAUCAUCAUGGGUUUUAGUGGACCCUAAAUCCAGUGACUGCUGCCCCUACAUGAAAAGGAGAGUACACAGACAAGAGGGAAGAAGGCCAUGAGAAGAUGGAGACAGAAGUAGGAGUUACAUAUCUAUAAACCAAGAAUUGCCAGGAACCACCAAAACCACAGGAGACAAGGAAGGAUUCUGCCCUUGGGUCUUUGGAGGAGGCAUAACCCCUAUGAACACCUUGAUUUCAGACUUCUGGCCUCCAGAACUGAGAGAAUAAAUUUCUGGGUUGGUUUGUGGCGUGUGUGUGUGUGUGUGUGUGUGUGUGUGUGUGUGUGUUGUUUUUUCUUUUUUUUCCUUUUUUUUUAAAGUUCUUUUUACUUUUCGAUUUUUUUUAUUUGUGUUUUUUUUGUUUGUUUUUGUUUGGUUUGGGUUUUUUUUUGCAUUUUCAUUUUUUCUUUUUCUUUUUUCUUAAGCCGCCCAGUUUGUGGCAAUUUGCAACGGCAGCCCGAGGAAAGUGAUAUAAGAAAUUUAAGCCAGGCAUAGAAAAUAUGGGUGUUGGUUUUCCAGAUGCACAACAGAAACCAUUCUGAGUCUGUUGACAAUUGUGUAUCAUUUUUAUCACUGCUACCUUCAGAAAAUCAGAGUCCAGCAUAUUUCUUUCCUUAGUAUAAUGGGUAAAUAUAUCAGACUGGGAAAAGGGUAAGAGGAAUAGGUCAUGGGCUCCACCAAAGUGCGCUCACAGAACUUGGGGCUGGCACGUUAUCUACACUGGUUGAUGGUCACAACAAAGGGAAGUAUAGAAUGAACACUCCCUUGUGUAACCUGAUGGCUAACAGGGUUCAUUCCAUGCAGGAGGGGUUGCUGCUGUGUACAGAAGGAGGGAACCUGGUUCUUUAUCUCUAUUAUGGUAAAUAAGGAAGAAAGCAAGCCUUCCUAUGGCAACGGGGGAUUUUUAAUGAAGUAAAGGAGACAGAAGAAAUGUCCCAAUGGAGAAUGAAGUGUGUCAAAAACAGAUUGUGCACGUAAUUACUUUCUCAGACCUUCCUGACAUUAUCAGCAGGACUGGUGUUUUGAUGAAAAAAAAAACUUAAUUAAAACUUAAUUUUUUUAAAAGUGGAAAAUAUUCUGCAUGGUUACAGGAGGAUUGAAAUCAGGGCACUGUGUAAUUUUAAUUGCCUUCAAGAGAUGCGCUCCACGAAGACUACCAUGGGGAAAAGAAGCCCCAGGGACGAAAUCAGAGAUUGAAGACAUCAUCACAAAGAUGCAAGAUGACAAGACAGGGGGUGUGCCCAUCAGAACAGUCAAGAGCUUUCUCUCCAAAAUUCCCAGUGUCGUUACAGGUACUGACAUUGUGCAAUGGCUUAUGAAGAACCUCUCCAUCGAGGACCCAGUUGAAGCAAUACACGUGGGAAGCCUUAUAGCUGCCCAGGGCUACAUCUUUCCAAUCUCGGACCACGUUCUCACCAUGAAGGAUGACGGCACCUUCUACCGUUUCCAGGCCCCGUACUUUUGGCCUUCAAACUGCUGGGAGCCUGAAAACACCGACUACGCCAUCUAUCUCUGUAAGAGGACAAUGCAGAAUAAAGCGAGGCUGGAACUGGCAGACUAUGAAGCAGAAAACUUAGCAAGACUCCAGAGGGCCUUCGCAAGGAAGUGGGAAUUCAUCUUUAUGCAAGCAGAAGCACAAGUGAAGAUAGAUCGAAAAAAGGACAAGACAGAAAGGAAAAUUUUGGAUAGUCAAGAACGGGCCUUUUGGGAUGUGCACAGGCCAGUGCCAGGCUGUGUGAACACAACAGAAAUGGAUAUCAGAAAAUGCCGGCGUCUGAAGAACCCGCAAAAGGUUAAGAAGUCAGUGUAUGGUGUGACUGAAGAGUCCCAGUCGCAAAGCCCCGUGCACAUACCCAGUCAGCCAAUCAGGAAAACUACAAAAGAGGACAUCCGGAAACAGAUAACAUUUUUGAGUGCACAGAUUGACAGACAUUGUUUAAAAAUGUCCAAAGUGGCUGAAAGCUUAAUUGCUUACACAGAACAGUAUGUGGAAUACGAUCCAUUGAUCACGCCGGCCGAGCCGUCCAAUCCCUGGAUCAGCGACGAUAUCACUUUAUGGGACAUAGAGAUGAGCAAAGAGCCCAGCCAGCAGCGAGUCAAGAGAUGGGGCUUCUCUUUCGACGAGGUAUUGAAGGACCAGGUGGGGCGGGACCAGUUCCUAAGAUUCCUGGAGUCCGAAUUCAGCUCCGAAAACCUCAGGUUCUGGUUGGCUGUCCAAGAUCUCAAGAAACAGCCCCUGCAGGCUGUGGCCAAGAGGGUGGAAGAAAUCUGGCAAGAGUUUCUGGCUCCAGGGGCACCAAGUGCGAUCAACCUGGACUCUCACAGCUAUGAGAUAACCAGUCAAAAUGUCAAAGACGGAGGGAGAUACACAUUCGAAGAUGCCCAGGAACACAUCUACAAGUUGAUGAAGAGUGACAGCUAUGCCCGCUUCCUCCGGUCAAAUGCCUACCAGGACUUGCUGCUGGCCAAGAAGAAGCCAGAAAGUGAGCAAGGUCGUAGAACCUCCUUAGAAAAGUUCACUCGCAGUGUGGGAAAGUCGCUGGCGGGCAAGCGCCUCACCGGCCUGAUGCAGUCCUCCUGAAGGUCCCCGCCGCAGGGCCCGGGCCCAACGACCCCACGGGCAGGCGGCGGCGCUCCACAUCCGCGGACAGAGCUUCCCUACGGGGAGAUCUGGUCACUGUGAAAGAGAAGGAGUGAGGGAGAUGACGGGCGGCAGAGGGGAGACUCGGUGGGUGCCCGGGGACACCAUGCAGAAAAAGUCCACAGAGCCCGGGGUCGGCCCUGCAGAGGCCCCUGUUUACAACCCUCUCUUCCUUGUACAGUUGUGCGCCGACACCCCAUUCUCGAGGAGGCCCUUGGCCGUAACUCGUUCGGGGCACAACUCGUGGCGGGGCUCCUGUCGUGACUCUCACUUGAGGUCAUAUCGUUAUUAUCGCCACUCUUCCUUCUGUCUGGGGGACCACGCCUUCCGGCAGAUGCAAGAGCCACCGGCAGGCCCCGAGCACCCCCAGUAUUACCCCCCCCACCCCCCACCUCCGCACCGCGGCCAGUGCGCCCACAGCGCCGCCUAGAGCGACAGCCGCUGCGUCCCGACGGCCCCCUUUCUGGCCCUGCCUCGGCCCCCAACUGUGCAAGGACCCUCGUGCAACCGGGCCCGGUGGAGGCCACACCGCUGAGCAACCCCGCCGACUGCUCCACCUCCAGGUUCUUUCAGCCCCUGCAGGCCGACUUUCCGGGGGGGUCCCCACGGGGGCGUGGGGCUGCCCCCUGGUCCCGUCAAGUGCCUCCAGGGUCCGACACCACAGGAAGCACCGGUGUCCGGGAAAGAGCUCGUGGUUUAACAGCCGUGGAGGUUCUGACCAUCUUUGGAAACAUUUAUUAUAUCCGAAUUUAUUCUGGUUUCGCCCCUUCUCCUUGGUUUGUUCCCUCGUGUUUUACUCAAAAUAAACAUGGCCGUGAACUCGGGGGCACUGGGAUCCUCCCCUCCGGCAGCCCCCUUCCCCCGGGGUGGGGGGAGGUGGCUGGGGCAUAGGCAUGGCCGAGGCCCUGCAGGGAGGGCCAGGUCUCACUUGUGUCUGAAGUUGGGGCUGAGUUGGCUCCAGAGGGCCUAGGCCAGGACCAAAUGGUUCUCUGCCAGCCCAGCAAAGUGGGCCCUAAACGAAGUGGACUGUCAAGCAGACACAAAGAAAAACCUGCAAAAACCUGCAAAAAAACCCACUUGCACUCCCCUCGUGUGUAUGUCAAAACGACUAUCUGCCAGUUGGCUGUGACGUAAUACAUGUACAUUGCCGAGUCAGGUGCCUGACGCGUAGUAGGUGCUUAGCAAACGGUAGCUAUUACUCUCGCGAUUAUUGUUGUCAUCCUUGUGACUCCCGUGAGCCCUCAGAGAGCGGUAUUGAGCAACAUGUUUUUGAAUUCAGACACUCACUCCACCUGCUAGAACUAUCCUUCGAUCUAUUUUUGGCCAUAGGUGAAAUUUUUCCCUGGGGAGUGUAUAAGCAGCAAACACAGAAGCAAAACAAACAAA